GCUACCUGACAGGUGACAUCAUCUCUUACACUAGUUUUCUCAUGAAGCUUGCCACCGCUGCUAUAUGAUAGUAUGUUCAGUGAAUUAUGCCUGAUUUACUGUAAUUUUGAUGAACUUCUCUGAGUUAAACAGUUGAGCAUUGUUGGAAUGUCUUUUCAUGGCAUUCAUUACCUGUAUAAAUGUUGCAUGCACUCGAAUUCACCUUCAGGUUUUGAUUAACACAUGGUAGGUUAUUGUUCCGUUUUUAACUGUCAUGUUUACUUCCAAAAUUAAUUAUGUUACUUUUGAUUUCUUAACCAUUCUAGGCAAUAUGAGAUCCAUUCGAACUUGUGCUCAACCUACUAAAAUUGCAUUGUGUCGUCAGUUUCAACAAAGUCAAUUAUUAAGGACUACGGGUGAUGUUCGGCAUCCAGUGUCAAUUGAAACGUCAAAUAUUGAGCAUGGAUCAAAUAUACAGUGGUUUGCAAGGUCGUAUGCUGCUUCUGCUUCACCUGAGAGACUGCAAACCAAAAAUCAAAGGAGAAAGAUCUCAAAGUAUGAACGCAAAUCUAUGGUGGAAAACUUUGUUAACAGGUACAGGAACAUGAAUGCAGGGAAGUUCCCAACUGUUACAGAAGUCAAGAAAGAUGUCGGUGGCGGCUAUUAUUUUGUUAGGAGUAUCAUACAAGAGCUGGCAUAUAAAUCCAAAAUGUCACCCGUGGCCGUGGAUAAAAAGGAAGCUUCCGAUAAAAUUGCCAUCGAGAAGGAUAAAAUAUCUACAAACACUGAAGAGAUUUCUAUAGCCAAGGAUCUGGGAGAAGGAGAGAUCAUCAGCCAACAACCCUCAAUUUCACUUGAGAAUGAUGAAUCGAAAGAUGUUGGAAUUCAAUCUCCCAACCCAAUUGAUCAACCAACAAUCAAACAGCACCUUGACCCUGAAAAUGGCAAGACUGUACAUGAAGAUGAACACAAAUUUGAUUGGUCGCAGUCCAAAACUGAGCUUCAGGAGUUACAAGAAGUAUCUGAAAGGGAGGCGCACAAAGCGCCAAACGAGGUUGCAGAACGUAAAGAACAAACCUCUAUGUGGGAAAAUCUGAAGUCUUUUGCAAAUGGAAUUUUCGGGAUGUGGAAGAGAUCAUAAUUUCGUCGAUCAAGUAUGAGGUUCUGGCAUCUCAGCCAGCAAGUAGAUGUCUUUUUUUCUUUUUUGAUGUGGUGAUAUGAAGAAAGUGAAUUUUAUCGAUUAGCUAAACCUGAUGGCAUGCCAUAUACAUUGGAGGUUUCCUUAUGGCUGAAGAUUUCAUUGGUUCUUUUACUUUUUGGGAAAAAGGAUGUGAUGGUCGAUCAACUCAGUUGUGUUAUUGUUUAGAAGACGAGUUUCUUAGUAUUCGGUUGGAAAAAUAAAUUUUGGAUGCGAAAUGGUACGUUAAAUCAUUAAGUUUUCUACUAUGCUAAUUGCUAACAUCUUUUGUAGGGGACAAUUUGAUCUGUCCCGUAAUUUUUCUUGUAUAUAUUAUCAGAUUUUUAUUUGUAGCACAAAACAGUUUCAGUAAUUUGUCAAGUGCUGCAAUUUUAUGUCCAUGCUCUUAUGGAAAGUAAAAGCUAUUCUCG